GACUUCCUCGUUUGUUUCAAUCUCUUCUCAUCGAACAUUUAUCUGCUCAAAUAUUUAUAAAGCCUCUCCAUCUGCUUCAGUCUUACUCUGCUCGGCUGUUUAUCAAAAAUACUUACUUUCACUUUACCCGCCUAGAAAACAUUCUUACACUUACUCUGUUUCAAUCUUUAUAAAGCCUCUGCAUCUGCUUCAGUCCUACUCUGUUCGGCUGUUUAUCAAGAAUACUUUCACUUUAGCUGCCUAAUCUUCCACAUCCUUAUUUAUCUUAUCAUGCGUUCCUACGUACUUUGCUUUAGCUUUGGAGUUUUGAGUAUUUUGGGUCUACAUCAAAUCGACGCAAGGACUCACAGUGGCUUGAAAGCUAGAACUGAUUCAUACGCCUCCAGCUCACCAUCAGCCCCAACUUGUGAUACAAAACAUCCUAAAUCACAAAUCUUUAAUUUCAUGAAGACUUGUACUGAUAAAUUAUCAACUCAAGCUUGUUCUGUUCGAGAACUUUGUGAAACAGUCACUUCUGAAAAUGCUCAAGAUGUUUCAGUUCAACUUUCAGGAGAACUUAAUACUACGUUAAACCUUUUACAAUCACAGUUGAAUAAUAUUCAAAAAUGUGGUAUGGAUCCUUCUCCUCAAACAGUUGAUUCAGGUGUAGGAAUUACGGAUUUGGCUUGGUCUGCUUUUCAAAUUGUUUUGAACCUCAAAUCAAUUUAUCAAGUCGUCUUGAAAUUAGGUGGUCAAUUUAAAGUCAUCAAUGACUCUUGUGAAUGUAUUCUUAUUAAGAUUUCAGCUAUCUUAGCUAAUUUGAUUGGUGCUUGCUCUGAACAAUUGAAUUUAUUUGAAACUGGUUUCUUUGCAUUAGUUACACCUGAAUUGAAAACUUUUACUGAUAUUGGUGCUAAUUUCAUUAGUUUCUCUGGUACUUUUAUUUAGAAAGUUUUCAUUUUCAUUUUCUUAAUUUUUCGACUUCCUCUCUGAGAUGUAUCUAUCCAUGUUAACAUCUCUGCCAAGAUUUACUGUCAUUUUCUUGUAUUUGACGUUGAUUCUUUUUGUUAGUUUUUUAUUUAUCUGGUUUAUUUAACCGAACCAAGAACAUUUUAUAUAACACAAAGAUACCAUUACAUAUGUUCCAACUUCCUGAGACCCAGACUAAGGCAGAUCACAGGUUAGGAAACCUAUGUUUAAUUAACUUCAUUGUCAUUUCUCGCUACUUCACUUGUCUCAAGUACGUUGAUUGCAUCCUCAAGGUUAUGCCUUUAGCAUAUUUCAUUUAUAUUAUUAUUUAUAAUCUUUUCGAAAGCCAGGAUAGUGUCUAUGUGUCCAAAGUCUGAGAAUAGAUCCGUGUCCCUCUUUCUCCUCUGUAUCUAUCUCAUGCCAACGUGUGUGUAGGUUAUGUUUUGCAAACACAUCUCAGCAGCAAGGUAUGUGGUACCUGCGCUGCCCAAGUCAAGGAAAUCCAGUCAACGCAAAAAAGGGCGCCUACACUUGAUAAUGGGUACAUAUAUUUUAU